AUGAAGUACUUCGCCGCCGUUGCAGCCACGAUCGGCCUAAUGGCCACCACAUCCGCCGUGCCCCUUGAGGAGCGCGACGUCCAGACCGUCCACCUCACGUUCCACGGCGGACCAGCCCAGUACGACAUGGCCUUCCCCGCCGACGGCAACAUAUACCCGACGAACAACGACCUCUCGAUCAGCAUCAUCGACGCGCCGGAUUACAACGCCUUCACGCAGUGCAAAUUUUACACGGCCGGCGACGCCGCCCUCGCCAGCAGCAUCUCGCCCGCCGGCGUCAACCAGAUCAUGGUCGGCCCGCCCCAGCCCGUCACCGGCGUCAGCUGCCGGGGCAUGUGCGUGCCCACGUACGGCGACUGCUACGACGCCAACGGCCAGUUCGUCGGGCCCUGCUGCAGCGGGUACUGCGCUGCCGACAAGUGCCGGCCGUGGAUUAAUCCUUCUUAG